AAGGAAAAGAAUUAGAGAGGUACAGAGAAGUCAAGACAGAAAACUUGUGACUUGACAAAAGAGGGCAGGUACCAGAGGCAGGACCAUGAAGGCCGGCGUGGGACUACUCUCUGCAUUGACGCUGUUCCUCCUCCUGGGGGCAGUGCUCACCCAGAGACCUCGGGCAAAGAAGCCUACCAGGCGCCCAGCCACCACCAGGAAGCCUUUUGUCCCCCGGCCUCCUGGACCUGCACAGCCGGAGCCCCAGGAGCCUACAGAUUUUCCACCACCCAUCCUGGGCCCCCCCUCCAUGUAUCCCGACUGCCCCAGAGAGUGUUUAUGUUCCCCAAGUUAUCCCAAUUCUCUCAAUUGUGAGAACAGGAACAUCCGUGUGAUCCCUGUCAUCCCAUUUAGAACCCACUACCUCUACCUGCAGAACAACUACAUCUCAGAGUUGACAGCAGAGCCUUUCCAGAACGCCACUGAGGUGCGCUGGAUCAACUUGGCAAAUAACCGCAUUCAUCAAAUACACAAACAGGUGUUUGAGAAGAUCCCAGCACUGCUGUACCUGUAUGCACAGCGUAACCAGCUCAAAGAGGUGCCUUCAGGUCUCCCAGCCAGCCUGGAACAGCUCCGCCUCGGUAGGAACCGGAUUUCUAAGAUCCCCUCAAAUGCUUUCAGCAAAAUGGGGAACCUGACUCUGCUUGACCUAUACCACAACCAGCUGAGUGACAACGGCCUCGGACAAAACUCAUUUAAGGACCUGAAGAGUCUCAUGCAGCUCAAUCUGGCUCACAACGCCCUGAAGAAGAUGCCUGCUGGUGUACCCAAUGGCCUCAUACAGCUUUUCUUGGACAAGAACAGCAUAGAUGAUAUCCCAAAAGACUACUUCAAAGACUUCAAUCACCUGGCAUUCGUGAGGCUGAAUCGCAACCAGCUGAGUGAUAAAGGUCUUCCUAAGAAUGUCUUUAACAUAUCCACUCUUCUGGACCUGCAGCUGUCCCACAACCAGCUCGCUUCUGUUCCUCACUUCAAUAGUCACCUGGAACACCUGCACCUCGACCACAACAGCAUUGAGAGCAUAAAUGGCACCCUGAUCUGCCCGUACAGCAUCGACGCCGUCAUGAAUGAUCACAAUCUAGUGCCCAGUCUAAGGUACCUGCGUUUGGACGGGAAUCAUCUGAGCCCCCCCAUCCCUGUAGAUGUCAUCAUGUGCUUCAGACAGCUCCACUCUAUCGUCAUUUAGGAGAAGAACUGUGGGCAUGCACGUGCACACAAACCACACACAAAGCACACAGUUACACACAUCCAGUAUGUACAAACUGCUGAUCUAAGCACAAUGUACAUCCAUGAUACAUUACUGACAGAGGGAAUCUGUGUAAAUGAAAUAGCUGUAAAGUUGUUUAAGCUUUUUUAGUUUCAUGGAUGAAAAGAGACACAAAGGAGUCAUCAGACUGGAUUUUAAAUCUUGAAAGAGUGGAUAUAUCUACAUUUAGGGUUUUGGUGUUUUUUCUUUGUUUUGUAUUUUGAAAUUAAAGGUACAUUGACACACAUGCUACAGAUAUGAGGGUAGUUAUGUUAACUAGCAGAUGUGCCCAGAGUAACGUGGCAGUGAAUGUCAAAAGAACCGAUUAACCCCCGAUGUGCCUGAUAUUUUCAAGGUGCUCCAUGUAAAAAUGUUAUUUCUUUCGACUCCUACUCUCCUGUAUAUUAUUCUUCUGUAUAAAUAAGCUUUGUACAAAUAUUAAAAUAAACCUUUUUUCUUCCAU